CGUUUGUCUACUCCAUCUCCCUAUUGCUUUGUUUUGCAGACUCCCCUGUCCAGGUUCCUGGCACACAGCCCCUCUGCAUCACUCCUUCCCUUUCUACCAUUCCCCCCCUCAACUCUUCACUUUACAUUUUUUUUAUACGACCCUAAUCUAUCCACCCCAGUUUAUUAUCAUAAAUCAACCCUUUAACCGCUUCUCUUUUCCUUUCAGCUCAUAAUAAAGACACGACGCGCCGACCCCCUUCACACAUACUUCUACAACCAUGAGUAAUAUCAAUAAUCCCUCUCACGGGGUUGACAAUCAAGACCUCCCAUACAAAGAGAGCGAGGAGGACUAUCAUGAGUUUGAUGAGUACGAUGAGGUGACAAAGCCUCAAACUCGCCCUUUCUACAAGAGGCGUAAGUACUGGAUCUUCUGCGCCAUCAUGACAGUGAUUAUUGUCGCUGUCGCUGUCCCUAUCGCCCUCUUCGUUAUUCUGCCCAAGAUUGCUCAGGUGAUCAUCAACGGCAGUAGCAUGUCUUUCAAGAGCAUUCAGAUUUCCAACCCCACCAACACUAGUUUGAACAUGGCCAUGGAUGGUUCUUUGCAGAACACUGGUCCAUUCUCGGCUACUAUCAAGUUCCCUGAGCCUAUCCAGGUUUAUUAUAAUGAUAUCUUGCUUGGAUCCAUGAGUUUGCCUGAUACUAAGGCCAGCGGCGGUUCUGGUGCUCUUGAUGUGACUGAUGCACCCUUCAAUAUCAAUGAUGAGGCUGCAUUUGGUGCCUUCUCUGCUGAUAUGAUGAACAAAGAAAAAUUCACUUGGGUACUCAAGUCUAAGGUUACGAUCGUUGCCCUUGGUCGCACCGUCCCUGAUCUCGAUCUCAACAAAGAACUCGUCCUUGACGGUAUGAAUGGCUUCCCCGGCGUUCAGAUUCUCAAGUUCGAUUUGCCCUCAGAUGCUGCUCCAGGCCAGGGUAUCAACCUAGUGAUCGACACUGCCAUGAAUAACCCUUCACCCAUCGGUGUGAGCUUGGGUACUAUGGUCCUUGACAUUAGCUACAAUAACGUUGCAUUGGGUCAGGUCAAGGCUACAGGUGCUUCCAUCAUGGGUGGUCAGCAGUCGGUCUUGAACUUGACUGGUACCAUGUUCCCUCAAACCACACCUGAAGGUCUUGCUACUGUUAGCGAGCUGUUCUCAGCCUAUAUCGCUGGUAAGAGUUCAGAGACAACUGCUCGUGGUGUUUCUGUCCUCCCUGAUGGCGUCAACGAAGUCAGCUGGCUUUCCAUCGGUCUCAAGUCCAUGGUUCUCAAGGUUCCUCUCCAAACGCCUACUCCUUUGAACAUCAUCAAGUCCAUUACUCUUGGUCCCAUGGGUAUGAACUGGACUAACACUGAUUCCUAUGCGCCUCUCGCCAACUCUCCUGGAGUCAUCGCUGCCUUUGAGAUGCCCUUUGGAUUCUCCCUCAAUGUUACUCAGGUCCAAAACAACAUGACCGUUGUCUAUAACAACAAGUCUAUGGCUAUCCUCAAUGCUGCCGAGUGGGGCCCUGCUGUCACUACUAAGGAUGCUAGUGGAACUGCUAUCAACUUUGCUCUUCCUCCUACCCCCUUCGCUAUUAACGCUGACUCCCAUGGUGACUUUGAUGACUUUGUCAACAAGUUGACCGUUAGCUCCAAUCAGGCUUUUGGUGUUGAGGGUUUCGCUGGUACUGUUGCUCAGACUCCUAUCGGUGAGGUCCGCAUUACGGGCAUUCCCUUCAAGUCUGAUGUCUCUUUGUCUGGUCUCCAGGGCCUCAAAACCGAACCUACUGUCAUCAACAGCUUGACUGUCAUCGGUGGUCUCCCCCAAGGCCUCCAGAUUGCCCUCAACUUGACUAUGGGUAACCCUUCGCAGCUGACAAUCGACACUGGUUUCGGCGAUAACGCCGUUGUCACAUUCAACAUGCAAUACGAAGGUGACAAUGUCGGAACUGUUAUUUUCCCCAACUUGAACCUCGUUCCUGGACAAAAUAUCCGUACUGCUGGUGCCUUGUUCACCCCCACUGGUACUCAGGGCGGUCAGGCACUCUUGCAGAGAUACAUGAGCAACCAAGUCUCGACUGUCAGCAUUUUUGGCUCCGAGAGCUCGUCUGGCAUCGCUCCUUUGGCCGCCGGUUUGAAGGACAUUCAGUUGCAGUCAGAUAUGCCUGGUAACCCUGCCCAGCUCCUCUUGAGCACCUCGCUGACUAUCCUUGAUGACACCGGCAAGACUGGCAUUGCCAUGGCUAGUGUUACUGUUAACAAUCCCUUCCAGCCUCCCUUGUCCAUCAAGUCGAUCAAGUCCACCGUUCAAUACAACGGCCGCAGUCUUGGUACCAUUGAUUUGCCCUCAACUUCCAUUGAUGUUGCUGGCAUGACUCAACAGGCUUCUCAACCUUUGCCUUUGUCCAUGGAUUUGUCAAUUGACUCGUUGCUCAGCUUGAUGAUCGAUCAAGCCAAGGUUAACAACUUGAAUGCUGAGCCCAUCAUUGCCCUUGGAAAGAUGGCCAAAGACCCUACUGUUCAGAUCCCAUCCUCAGUCUUCGCUGGCUUCAACCUUCCCACAUUCGUCAAGGCUGCUAUGGCUGGCCUCAAGGUCGAUGUUGAUAUGACAGUCGAUGUUAUGGUCGGUGAGUAUGCCACUUCGCUCACCUUGACUCAGCUCGGUGUGCCAACCCUCACUGAUGAUACCAUCUUGAAGCUCCUCCCCAUUGUUGGUACCCCUAUCGCCCAGGCCAUUGUCGAUCUUGCUACCUUGAGUUUCACCAGCGUGAUGAUCAACAGCCCUGCUGAAACUGACUUCACCACCAACAUCAACGGUCUCAUUGGUAACACUGGUCCAUUUGAUUCAGAGAUCUCUUUCCCCAGCGGCUCUGGCCUCGCUUGGGUUAACGGCGAUUCGAAUGUGAGCAUCGGUCAGAUUGGCAUGCCCGUUGUUUCUGCUAAGGCUGAUGUUGGUGCCCAGCUCGCUUUGACCAACGUUCCAUUCCAUGUCACCAGCGGUCCUAAUAUGGGUGACUUUGUUGCCUACUCCUUGAAGUCCGAGUCCUUUGAAUGGUUGGUUACUGCUGAAAAUAUGGUUAUUACCGCAAUGGGUGCUCCCAUCCCCGGAAUCCGUAUGACCAAGAAGGUCACUCUCAAGGGCUUCAACGGCCUUCAAGGCUUGGAGAUUCAAAAGUAUGACUUGCCAUCUAAUGACCCCAACGGUAUCCAUCUUGUCCUUCAGGCUACCCUCCCCAACCCUUCGAACGUCGGUAUUGAAAUGGGCACUGUUGCCUUCACUAACAUCUUCCAGGGACAGGAAAUUGGCUUUGUUCAGACAUCUGGUCUCAAGUUGUUGCCCGAUGGUGUUACCCCUAUUGCCAUGGAGGGAACUCUGACUAAACAAACUUCUGAAGCUGGACUUGCUGCUCUUGGUGAUAUGUUCCGCUUGGCCCUGAACGGCGGUCAGCCUAACUUGAUUGUCCAGGGCAAGUCAGUCACUCCCCCUAGUGGACCUGUCUCGUGGUUGAGCUCUGCUUUUGGCUCCUUGACCAUGAACGUUACUCUCCCCAGCAUCGGCAAGCAGGAAAUCAUCACCGGUAUUUCCCUCAAGACUAUGACCUUGGAUUUCACUGGUUCUGACCCAUACAGUGUCAUGACUUCAUCCGACAACAUUGAGGCCAGCUUCCAUAUCCCCUUCGCAUUCCCAUUGGACAUUACUCAAGUCGCUGAGGACAUGAGCAUCCAGUUGCCACAGGGUAACGACGUUGCUACCUUGAAGCUUCCUCUCGGCCCAGCCCAGACUAUUGCACCUGGCGUUCUCAAGACUGCUUACACUAACCAGCCCUUGAACGUCCUCUCCAGCCAGCAUGAGACCUUUAACCAUUUCUCCAGGAUUUUGACUACUGGUCCUGGUGUCGAAUUCUUCUUGGCUGGUACUGCCGACACUGUUGCUGAGACAGCUGCCGGACAGGUCAAGAUCCCUGGUAUUGCUGUCAGUGUCAAGUCUGCUUUGGCUGGUAUGAAUUUGAACGUCGGAGGUGCUGCUAUCACCAACAUCGCGAUCACUGGAGGUACUCCUGAAUACUUGGAGAUCAAUCAGAAUGUUGUCCUCCAGAACCCUUCGGGAUUGACCGUCAAGGUUGGUCAGGUUGGCUUCAACAUCGGUUACGCUGGUAACCACAUGGGUCAAGCUAUUGUCAAGGAUAUGGUUCUCAUUCCUGGCGCCAAUAUCCUCCCUGCUGUCUUCCACUUGGCUCCUGCUGAUACGCAUAUUCGUGAUGGAUUCUUGAGCGGCUUCGUUGCUGGUGCUUCAUUCCAACUAGAGAUUGCUGGUGGAGAAGAUUCGACCACUGUGGCCUCCUUGAAGGAGGCCAUGGCUUCAGUUAAGAUGAGCUCCACCAUCGCAGGUAUCACUGACAAGUUGAUUGCUCCUGGAAGCGCCGCUCAGCCUAACUUGUGGUCAAUGCUGCAUCCAUCUAACGAGCGCAGGACCCCUGUCCAAGUCAUGAUCUAUAACCCCUUCGACACUCCUCUGUACAUCAAGAGCAUGAAGGCUUUGAACAGUUGGAGAGGUAUGGAUUUCGGUGUGGUGGAUCAAGAAGUUGGUAUGACCAUCCCUGCCAAGGGCACUGCCCUUUCGCCAACUGUUGUUAUGGUCUCACCUGGUGGCCCCGGCUUCUUAAAGGUUUUGCUGCCCUUCAUGGCAGCUUAUCCCGGAUUGCUAGUCAAGGCUGUCGACGUGCCCUUCACUAUCAAGUCGACUAUCACUGCUUAUGUCGGUGGACCCAACGGUUACCUUGGCAAUGUUGCUUACCAGCAGCCUGAUACUAUCAUUUCUGUCAAGCUUGAUUUCGGCACCCCUUCGGGCUUGAAGAUUCCUUCUUCGCUCGAUGAGAUCAUGCACCCUACUACGACCUCGACAGUCACAGCUACUCCCGAUGUCCCUGCUCCCAGCCCAAGCCCAGUUGAUGUCACUCCUAGCCCUGAGGCCCCUGCCCCUGAACCUGUUACUACCACUGAGGAAGCUCCCGCCCCUGUUACUCCUUCCCCUGAGCCUUCGACCACUGGUGAUGCCCCCAUUGUUGCCAAGCGUCAAGAUGUUCCCCCUUCCCUUGGUAAUCUCAUUCCUUCCAGCGAGGAUCCUGCUGUUAUUGAGGCAUGGCUUAAGGCUCUCGCAAACAAGUUGGCUCUGGAUGAGGGUCUUCCAGCUCCUUUCGCAUAAUGUCCAUUUACUAUUCUCUUUUUGAAAAAACAAAAAACAAAAAACAAAACAAAAAAAAAAGGGUAUCAUUUCUAUAUCUAUAUCUUUUCUUUUUCUUUUCCUCGAUUUGAUGAUCUUUCUUUAUCCUUUUUUUAAUUUUAUUUUAUUUUUCUCUUCCUCCUUUCCUCCUUCUUUCUUUAUCCUUAUUUUCGUUGUUGAAAAAGAUUUGUUUUGAAUGCAAAUCGAUAUUCGACUUGUUAUUUUUUUUUGUCAUGUAUCACCACACACUUUCUUAUACCCUAUCCCUCUUCCCCUGUACAGUAAUUUUAAUGAUUAUAUUAUACUGUCAAAUACUUCUUUUUGCCCCUCCUUGACGAUCCCAUCAACAAAAGACGAAAAUUAAG